AUGAUUAAAUAUUUUUAUUUUUUAUUUAUUAUAAUUUUAUUAUUAUUCUAUAAAUGUAAUGCUACAUCAUCUUAUGUUCAAUGUUUUCAACGAAUUGUUAGAAGAUCAAUAGAUAAUUCUCAACCAAUUAUGGAAUUAUUUUAUGUUACACCACAUAAUUGUAUUGACCAAUGUGUUUCAUUAACAGGAAAUAAUUUAGAUGAAAAUUCUGAUUGUAAAUCAAUUGUUUAUAAUCAUUUUCAACAUAGUUGUCGUUUAUAUAAUCAUGAUGGUAAUACACCACCAGCUAUUCUUCAUCCAGCAAAUGGAUAUGAUUAUUUUAGAAGAACAGCUUUUUCAGGACCAUGUACUCCAAUAACAGCUUAUGAAAUAAAUUCACAUGGAAUAUUGAAUAAUGAAAAUUAUAAUUCACGUACUGCUGCUCAAUUUAAUGAAUUUCAAAAAAUGUAUGGGUCACAAAAUAAUAUGCAUAGACCAAAGUUUGGAAAGAAAUUAGAUACUAAUAAUAAGGAACCAUUGACCAUUGUUGCAGCUUCUAGUCCUUUAUUAAAUUCUAAUUCUCCAGUAGAAUUAGAUAAACAAUCAAAGACUGAAGAAAAAACCAAAGUCCAAAAUGAUUUAAUUAAUAAAGAUAUAUAUAAAUCUGUUCAACAAGUAAAAAUAUAUCAUUCUAAUGAACCAAGACAAGAAAGUACUGGUGGUGUUUUUAGAUCAUUAAAUGACGUCAUUUCACCACCAAAUAGUGCAAAAGAUCUUGGAUAUAUUAGUUCUAAUGAAAUAUCUAAAGAAGUUUUAAUGGACAUAACAAAAAAUGAUAGUAGUUCUAGUAGUGUAACUAAAACAAUGAUAAAAAAUAAUGACAUUUUAAAAAUAAAUAAAAAUAGUAAAGAAGUAAAUGAAGUUAUUAAGAAUGAAAUAAAAAAUUGUCCAACAACAAUUGGAUAUUAUGUUGUUAUUGGAAAUCAAAUAAUUCUUCCAAUGCAAUCAAAUUCAAAAGAUGUUGUUUCUUUUCAAGGAAUUGACCAAUCAAAAUGUUCAUCUAUGUGUACAUCUGGUAAAGGUUUAAAUAAUGAAGAAAUACAAUGUAGUUCAAUUAAUUAUUUUCCAAUCUCAAAAACAUGUGAAAUUUACAGUAUUCUUGCUGAACCUCAUGGUACAGGAAGUUUAAUAGAAAAUGAUGAUGUAAUAUAUAGUGAAAAAUUCUGCCUACCAUCAUCAUCAACUGAAUGUCAAGAGGAUGAAAUAUUUAUAUUACAUGUUCAAAAAAAACUGGAUACUAAUAUUAUAAGUAGCACAAGUGCAAAUAGUAUAACAAGUUGUCUUGCAUUAUGUCUUAAUAAAAAAAAUUGUAAAGCAAGUACUUUUGAUUCAAAUAAUAAAUUAUGUAUAUUAUCAUCUACUGAUAUAGGAGAAUAUACAGAUUCAUUAAUUGAUGGAGAACCAGGUACAGUUGUUAUAGAAAAUGGAUGUAAUUUAAGAGCUCGUAGAGCUAAAGUAAAAGGAUCUAAAAUAUUUUCAACAGAAAUUAAUCAAUCACAUGAAAUGCCAUCUUCUAUUCAAACAGAUUUACAAUGGACUAAUUGGUCAGACUGUAGAUAUAAAAUUGCUGGAAGAAAUGUUAGAAUAAGAACAAGGCAUUGUGAUAUUAAUUGUUCUGAUGGUGGACUUCAAUUAGAAAAAUGCUAA